AUGGCUUCUAAUGACCACUUUAGUGUGGAUACCCUGGGGAUCCCCCCUGGGGACUUAAUUGAAAUAUUUAGACCAGCUUAUCAGCAUUGGGCUCUGUACUUGGGAGAUGGCUACGUUAUAAAUGUCACACCAUUAGAGGAGGGGCCUCCAGCUUCAUUCACUAGUGCAAAGUCCGUUUUCAGCAGGAAAGCAAUGGCAAAAAUGCAGCCACUUAAAGAUGUUGUUGGACAAGAUCCUUUCAAAAUAAAUAAUAAGUACGACGAUAACCACAUACCUUUACCAGUGGAUGAAAUCGUUAAGCGAGCUGAGUUUCUAAUUGGACAGGAAGUGUCCUAUGAUUUGCUCGGAAAUAACUGUGAACAUUUUGUCACUUUACUUCGUUAUGGUGAGGGUGUAUCUGACCAGGCAAACAGAGCCAUCAGUGCCAUUUCCUUUGUUACAGCUGCUGCUAGUGCCUUCUCGUUGAUUGGAUUAUUCCAAAAUAGGUCAAGGCAAAGAAAUUAUUGA